CCGGUUUACAAUCACAUAUGUACAAAUGAAAUUAUCCUAUGUACAAUUGUGCUGUAAAAUAAUCGGCAGUUGCCGUAUAUUUUCGCUGUGUAGCGUGUUCAAUUUGUAGUUAUGUCUCUUAAACGUAAAUUGGUUACAUUAACAAUUGCUAAAAAAGUGAACAUUAUAAGUGAGGUGACAAAAAGUGGUAAACAAAAAAAUGAAAUUGCUAAAGCAAUACUCCAUCCAGUACACUUUCAACUAUUCUGAAAAAUAAAGACGAUAUUUUACAAAAAUACGAAACUAAUAAAGGGUCUAUGAAAAGAAUGAAGAUUUGUGAGUAUCCUGAUAUAGAGGAGAAGGCUGAAUUUUUUGCUACUAAACUCGGCCAUAAACAAUUUAAAGCUAGUCAAGGUUGGUUAAGCAACUGGAAAAUUAGGAAUAACGUCGUUUUUCGUAAAAUAUGUGAUGAAAACGCUUCAGUUGAGGCCCGUCGCAAGAAAUUUUCCGCCCUUCGGCAAACGUAAUGCCGCCCCUUUCAAUCAAAAGCUAAAUAUAUUAUAGUAUACAAUUUUAUCACAUUAUUA